AUGGCGAUGCAGCUUGAUCUCUCUCAAGCUUCUGUGAUGAAGGAUGAGCAGGGCCGACCAUUCAUUAUCGUUCGAGACCAGGGAAAGAAGAAGAGACAACAUGGCACGGACGCCGUCAAAUCGCACAUCGUGGCAGCCAAGACCGUUGCCAGCAUUGUGAAGACCUCUCUGGGUCCUCGCGGUCUCGAUAAGAUUCUGAUCUCUCCCGACGGAGACAUUACCGUUACAAAUGAUGGUGCUACCAUUCUUGGGCAGAUGGAAAUUACGAACAAUGUUGCCAAACUUCUCGUCGAGCUCUCUAAGUCCCAGGAUGAAGAAAUUGGUGAUGGAACAACCGGUGUUGUCGUCCUGGCCGCGGCCAUGCUGGAACAGGCGUCCGACCUCAUCGACAAGGGCAUCCACCCUAUCCGAAUUGCGGACGGUUACGACGCCGCCUGCGAAAUCGCCGUGGCACAACUCGACAAGAUUAGCGACGAGAUCAGUUUCACAAAAGACAACACCGAGAACCUGCUCAAGGUUGCAAAGACGAGUUUAGGUAGCAAGAUCGUUUCCAAGUCGCACGACCAAUUCGCCCAAAUCGCCGUUGAUGCUGUGCUCUCCGUUGCCGAUCUCGAGCGAAAGGAUGUGGACUUCGAAUUGAUCAAGGUGGACGGAAAGGUUGGCGGAGCGCUCGAAGACUCACUCCUUGUCAAGGGUGUCAUCGUGGACAAGGACUUCUCUCACCCGCAGAUGCCGGAUGAGGUCACAGAUGCUAAGCUGGCCAUUCUGACGUGCCCAUUCGAACCUCCCAAGCCCAAGACCAAGCACAAGCUCGACAUCACAUCGGUGGAGGAGUUCAAGCGUCUGCAAGAGUACGAGAAGGAGAAGUUCACAGAGAUGAUCCAGCAUCUGAAAGACUCUGGGGCCAACCUAGUUAUCUGCCAGUGGGGUUUCGAUGACGAGGCGAACCAUCUUCUUCUGCAGAACAAGCUACCUGCCGUUCGAUGGGUGGGUGGGCCUGAGAUCGAGUUGAUUGCUAUCGCGACGAACGGUCGCAUCGUCCCUCGCUUUGAAGACCUCAGCGCAGACAAGCUUGGAACAGCCGGACGCGUGCGCGAAAUGACCUUUGGUACCACGCGAGAGAAGAUGCUUGUUAUCGAAGAGUGCGCCAACAGCCGUGCUGUGACAGUAUUCGUGCGAGGAAGCAACAAGAUGAUUAUCGAUGAGGCCAAGCGAUCACUGCACGAUGCGAUUUGCGUAGUCCGCAACCUGGUCAGGGACAACCGCGUUGUGUAUGGUGGAGGUGCGGCCGAAAUUGCCUGCUCUAUUGCUGUUGAGGAUGCUGCUGUCAAGAGCCCCGGUAUCGAGCAGUAUGCCAUGCGUGCGUUCGCCGAUGCACUUGAUGCAGUACCUCUGGCUCUUUCUGAGAAUUCGGGUUUGAGCCCGAUUGAGACUCUCGCGGCUAUCAAGUCGCGCCAGGUCAAGGAGAACAACUCCCGGUUGGGUGUCGAUUGCAUGCUCACUGGAAACAAUGAUAUGCGAGAACACUUUGUCAUCGACCCGCUCAUCGGAAAGCGACAGCAGUUGUUGCUGGCUACUCAGCUCUGCCGUAUGGUUCUGAAGGCAAGUCGACAUCCAAACUCCAAUAUAGACCCGGGCAAAGCUGACUUGCAACAGAUCAACAAUGUCAUCAUUUCCGGCGACGACCAGCAGGAGUUCUAG